CUUCAAUGCCAUAUCACGAUAAGUGUUUGUUUCAGUUCGUUCGCUCCUUCAGUCCGCAAGUCUCACGUCACUCUCUGUUCUUUUCCAAGCUUCAUAACCUCAUUUCUCAAAGUCGAAUCUCUCUCUAAACUCCUUUUACACACAUUUUCAACCCAUAUGUCCACUUCAAACCCCCCACCACCAGACGCCGCAGACGCCCCACCCUCCUAUGAAUCCGCAAUAGGCUCUUCCACCCCUACAGCCCGCAUUUCCACCGACUCUCUAGCUGCACGCACUGCCCGCAAUGGAAUCCCCCCAGAGCGUCGCAGAAGCAUGGAAGAUGAAAACCGGCCACUGCCACCAGGCUGGAUCCGUCAAUUCGACGCCACAGAACAACACCAAUUCUUCGUCGACACGAAAGCGAGUCCACCGCGCUCAAUAUGGGUGCAUCCGUACGAUGACGACGAGUACCUCAGCACGCUAAGUCCGGAGGAAAGGAAGGAGCAUGGGAGGAUGAGGCGGACGAUGACGAUGGAUGAUUUGGCGGCGGAGAGCUCGGAUGAUGAGGGGCAUGGGCAUCACCAUAGCGCGGGCGCGCAGCUUCCACCCCGAGGGGGAGGAGAAGGGAAACCAAAGGGGAUUCAUAAGUUCGGGAGGAAGAUGAAGGAUAAGCUUACGGCGACUACGCAUGAGCAACGUGAGGCCCAACGCCGAGAACGCGAGGAGCAGGAAAGGAGGGCGUAUAUGGCACAUAUGCAGGCAAGACAGGCUAUGGUGCGUGCACUGGAAACGGGUCAGCCGCAGUUUUUGUGUAAGGAUGCACAGGGCAGAGAUGUGUAUAUCGAGCCGCCGAAUGGACCGGCCGUGCCGAGGGGUGCGUAUGGAUAUAAUCCGUAUGCAGAGGGUCCGUAUACAGAUCCCAAUGCGAGGUUUGUGAGACCUGCCGGCCCUUAUGGUAGGCCAUAUGGCCGUGGAUACGGCGGGGGGUUGGGAGCGCCGGUUGCGGCGGGAUUUUUGGGGGGUGCGCUGUUUGGGGGGUUGUUGUUUUGAAGCAAGACGAGGAGAUGGGAAGAGAACAGUGAACAUAGGGAAGAAUAUUGAGUAUUUCUUAGUUUCCCAGCUUGGGGUUGCUCUGGUUGGGUUGAACAGCCGUAGGUUGAGGGAGUUAGAAGGAUUUUUUAGCAAUGGUUGUGUUUUAUGGUGUUGAGCGAUUUCCUUUUCUUGUUGAUAUUGCAUUCCUCUUGGUCACUUUCUGAUUCAGCAGGUAUUCGUCUUUACAUCAUCUCUUUCUUCCUUUAAAUUACUUAAGUUACAUUUCUUAUGUCACCGUUCCGUCUGUACGGUCUGCUAGUUAUUCGCCAGAUUCGCAGUACCGACGUCCCUAGAUUAAAGAACUACUACACGAACUAGGUUACACGGAAAGGGCCAUGCUCGUUCUUCUAGACACAUGCCAUUUGGAAGA